AUGGAUUUGUCCAGUAAUAAUUUAUCAGGAAAGAUCCCUACCUCUAUUUGCUCUCAACCUUUGACUUAUUUGCAUUUGGGAAACAAUAAUUUGUCUGGAGAACUCCCUUUAUCUUUGAGGAAUUGCAAAACUUUAACAACUCUAGAUCUCGGUCAGAAUAAGAUAAGUGGCAAUAUACCUACUUGGCUUGCAGAGAACUUAUUGAACUUACAAACUCUUCGCCUUCGGUCUAACAUGCUUGUUGGUGAUAUUCCUUCAAACUUGGGAAGCCUCAUCUCUCUUCGUGUUAUUGACUUUGCAAAUAAUCAUUUGUCCGGAACCAUACCAAGCAGUCUUGGCAACCUUAGUGCCACAAAAGUUGCUCAUACAAUAUUUGAUAACAAGAAGGUUGCUCUCAUGGCAUAUGAUAAAAUCUCCAUGGGUUUUAUUGACAACAAUGAGCUUCUUUACAUGGUAUCGAGUAAACUUCUUCUUGGCUACAUGGACAAUAUCAAGGUGAAUUUGAAAGGGAGAAAUGUUCAGUAUGACAAGCUACUUCCACUUCUCAUCUUCAUAGACCUCUCGAGCAAUGAGUUAUCAGGAGAGAUUCCUGAAGAACUAGUCAAUCUUUUAUACCUGCAAAGUUUGAAUUUAUCAAGAAAUCAUUUGACAGGAAGAAUUCCAGAAAAUAUCAACAUGUUGCGGUGGUUAGAAUCACUUGACUUAUCAAUGAACAAUUUUUCCGGGGCUAUUCCAUCAACAAUGACUAUGCUAUCUUUAUUAAGUCAUUUGAAUCUCUCCUAUAAUAAUUUCAAUGGGAGAAUUCCAUAUGGAGGUCAGUUGCUCUCGCUUCCAGAUCCUUCAAUCUAUGUUGGUAAUUAUGAUCUCUGUGGUUUUCCAUUGGAUAAAAAAUGUGAAGCAUCUGAACAUGCAAACAAAAAUGAAGGGCUUUUCAAAGAGGUUGAAAAUGACUCGGAAACGACAUGUUUCUAUUUGAGCAUGGUGCUAGGAUUCAUCUCCGGAUGCUGGAUCAUUUGGGCUACAUUGUUACUCAACAAUAAGUGGAGAUUUUCCCUUUUUAACUUUGUUGAUGAUAUGUGUGCUCUUAAAGCUAAUCAGUAUGUUGCUCUCAUGGUUGUCUCCAUUCCAUCCUCGCAAGGCGCCUCCCGCGCCUUCCUCCCUCCUCCGAGGAAGCCUCCUCUUCCUCCUCGUGAGCUUGGAGAGAACCACCAAGUUCAUCAAGUGUUAAAGUUGUCAUGUCUCUGGACUCUCCAUGGCUACUUCCGCUACAUAGUCGAACUUUUGGAGCCAAGCUCGCGUAACUUGGACACCACCUUCUACCGCAGAGCGCAGACAAGGGCUUUCACCGGAUUCACAAUCACCACACUCCUCGGGAGCAUAGGUAAGCUCUUGAAUACCUCACCAUCCUCCACUUUGAGUGUCUCAAGCUUUGCCUCAACGCCGCUUUUCUCACUUGGCCAUCAUCUUCGGGACGCUCCUGCCAUAGCUCCUUUCACUUAUCUCCACGCAGACAAUGCCGCUCUCGCCUCAAUCCGGCUGAGAAUAGACCCGUCGAUCGGCUUGUUGUCGAUGAGGCAGUGCCUCUUUGUAUCCUUCUUCUUGUAUCCCCGCUCUGUGCUUCAGCAUCUUCCUUCCUGCGGCACACCUCCUCCCAACGAGCUCCCAAAGCCUCUGGAGACCUACGGUUUUCAUCCUCAGCGCCAUCGUCCAUAG